AUGCCAAGGAGCGCCACGUGGCCAAGCGGCAUUGCCACGGAGUCCUUGAGCAAUAUGGACAGUGCUGGGAGCUGUGACAGUGUCAUCAGCAUGAACUCUGUCUCGAGUGAAGACAAUCUGGGACAUCUAUCUGCAGAGGAGAAGGCAUGUCUUAUUUAUCUGGAGGAAACAAUUGAGUCUUUGGAGAUAGCAGAUGACAGCGGCCUGUCCAGUGAUGAGCCAGAUUCUGGUCAAAUGGCAGCUACAACAUCCCACCUCCCCUCUGCUUGGGGUCACGUGACAGCACACGAUGAGCUCAAUUUCAAACAUGGCAGAGACGAGAAGUCUUUUCUCAGUGUUGGGGUGCCCACACCACUUCUCCUGGCCAAUGGCAUUGGGAGUCUUCCACCCAGAGCCCCAGCAGGUGUCACAGAACCAAAACCACCAGAGGUACUGUCAGAGCCCAUAUCUACAGCAUCAGCCUUUGACAAAGCUGGACAAUAUGCUGUAAUUCAAGCCACUGAACCACAGACCACCGUUGUUCACAACAACUCGAAAGCCCCUACACUGACACCCAACACAACCCCAACACAAAAUCAGAGCAUGUCUAUAGACCUCAAGAGUCAAUCCAAAUCUCCAGUCACUGAACCCGAAACCCCACCAGCUGUUACUCAGACUGAGAUGUUGGAUUCAGCCACGGAUGGAGAUAACGACCCUAAGGAUACCAGUCUCUACCCUGGUCCUUCUAGCAUGGCCUCCGAGCUAGAUUUGGCUCUGAUUCCUCCUCCAUCAGACUUCAGGGAUGAGCCAGAGCCUGAGGAGGAGAAAGAGGUGCCUCCAUCUGAGAAAGAGGCACCUCCAUCCAAGAAAGAGGUGCCUCCAUCCGAGAAAGAGGCGCCUCUAUCUGAGAAAGAGGGUCCUCCAUCCAAGAAAGAGGUGCCUCCAUCCGAUGGGACAUCAGGUAACCAAAUGAAAUGCAUUGAUUUGGAGCUCCUACGCAAAAAGGUCUCCAUGAGGAACACACUAGUGAGCCCCCCCAUCAGUUGUGAUCCUCCCUCCAGUCCCCAUUCAGUGCCCAUCAGUGUCAACACACCAGCCAGCCCUGCCACUGCCCAACCCAACCCUAUUUCUGAGAUAGCCGAGCCCAGAAGCCCACCUGCUGUGGCACCAAAACCAAAGAAGCUUCCCUCUAACAUUAUCCUCAAGUCCCAUAAGACCUCGGUGGCGGGCUCUGAUGGAAACUCAGGACACUCUCUCCCAUCGACAAGUGACAGGGCAAUGCUGGAUCCCCAAAGGGUCAGGAUGGAGGCCCUUCGAAAGCUUGGUCUACUAAAGAGUGAUGAGGCCGACACGAGCCCUUCCCUGAGCCCCAAACUCUCGCCCAAUUCCCGGAGGUCAUGGGCCAUCCCUGGCUGUCCCAUUACUCCACCAGCUCCCCAUACCCCGACAUCUCCUUCCAUACCAUCUCCAGCUCGAGUCAUUAACUCACCUUCCCCCUCUGUCCCACCCACUUCCACAACUUUUACAGAAAUCCAGGCUGCUGAUAUUCUCCCUGCACCUCCUGCUUUUAGCGACUCAAUUGAACCAGUGCUACUUAUCGGAUUGUCUUCUGUGAACAAUGUCUCAGAGUCAACAAAUUAUGUGCGGACACAAAGCAGCACUCCACCCAACACUCCUGCUGAGUUGCCCAAAAAGUUAACCCCACCCAAAAUAACAGGUAUAAAAUCUGCCAGUCUCGAGUGCUCUGACACUGGUCUAAGUCCCAAAUCUAGUGAGGCUGAAAAUGACCUCAGUCAGCUGCGUAACACCAUACCACGCCCUGCAUCUCUGGGUGGUGGCAGAGAUUUUUCAAGUAUUCAGGGAGAUGGACUACCAGAAACAAGGAAGUCCCUGCCUGCCUCAACUGCCACCAAAGACUCACAGAAACUGCCCCGAUCACAUGGCGUCAGUGUGCUGAUCUGUCCUCGUGCACAGAACAGAGAAGACCGCCACGAGGCCCUAAGGAAGCUGGGGCUGCUCAGAGACUGA